AGUACAAAACAUUUUCAAAAGUUAUAAAUACAUAUACAUGUAUUGAUAUAAAAUUUAUAUUAUUAAUUAUGACACAAAUAUCAAUACCGAAUUUCAAUACAUGUAUAUAGAAAAUGGUCGCCAGUUCCGGUUAUAAAUGAUUAUCAAAAUGGACACAAAAGACGAUUCAAAGCUAAAAAUCACCGACAUUGUUGGAAAUUUAGUUAAGUCAGACCAAAGUCAUGUUAAAUCUAACACUGUCAACAAGUCCGGGGAGAAAAUAGAUGAUGAUGACGUCAUAAUUUUGAAUGUUGGCGGCAUCCGGCACGAGACGCGCAUAGCAACCCUUCUGAAAAAGCCGGAAACAAGACUUUAUUCGGUAGGUGAAACUGCGAAAGCGAGUGGGAAAAAAGAGUUUUAUUUUGACAGAAAUCCGCAAAUAUUUCCGUGCAUCUUAAAUUACUAUCGGAUAGGAAAGUUACACAUGCCGACGGAUGUAUGUGGCCCGGCGGCGAAGGCUGAGCUGGACUACUGGGAACUUGAAGAUAAAGAUAUCGAGGAGUGUUGCUGGGUUAAUUAUAUUAGUUAUGAAGAAACUAUGGAAAUGUUAGAGAAGUUCCAGGCGGAUGAACGGGACAAGUUUCACCCUGUUUAUGUCUCACCAGACGCGUCUUUCCUAGUUCGAGCCAAACCAAGACUUUGGCGAGGACUUCAAGACCCGUACAGCUCAAAACCAGCUCUGUCUUACGCCGUGGUGUCCCUCAUUGUUGUGCUCGUAUCAAUAACAGUGUUUGUCAUAGAAACUCUUCCAUACUUUGGUUCCGUUUUCGUACACGCUUCCGACAAAACACGGAACAUUACGAGCAAAGAUCUGCUGGCUGAACUGGAGAUAUUCACAAACAUUACCCCAAACGACUGCCUUCUCAUCAUUGACAAUGCCUGUAACAUCUUUUUCUUCAUUGAAUUCCUCAUCAAACUCGUUGCUUCACCAGACAAGAGAAAGUUCUUCAAGAGUCCAUUAGUGAUAACAGAGCUUCUAUGUUUAGUACCGUACUAUAUCGGCAUAUUUAUAGUCCUAGCUCACCCGGAUCCUAUUAUUAUUUUUGAUUUCAUUAGAGUACUUUUCGCUACAAGAGUGUUAAGGAUAUUCCGUAUAUUUGUGCUCAUGAAACAUUUUUUAGCUUUAAAGAUAUUAAUUUAUACCAUAAGAGCCAGCAAGAAGGAGCUGUUUCUACUUUUAAUUGUUCUGAUCAUUGGAGUUGUGAUUUUUGCGUGUCUUGAAUAUUAUAUGGAAAUAUUUUCAAAUGCGGCAGACCUCGAGUUAGAGCAUAUACCGCUAGCAUUUUGGUGGGCACUCAUUACCAUGACAACCGUAGGAUACGGUGACGUUGUUCCAAAGUCAGGACUUGGAUAUGUGAUUGGAGGAUUCUGUGCAAUAAGUGGUGUACUUGUUAUUGCUUUAUCAGUCCCAGUUAUCGUCAAUAACUUUACGGUGUACUACACGCAUGCGCAGUCAAGAGAAAAAUUGAAACUGCGACGGAAAAAGUUUGAACAGACGGAGAAGUGGCAAAGAUUGAAGCAGGGUCUAAAGAGUAAGUUGAAAAGCGGAGCAUUACAGGGAAUGUUGAAUGGAAUCAGAAAACGUAACGGAGGAGUUGUGGCUCCAACAGAAACAACCAAAGCACCGCCUAAAAUUCCUCUUUUGAAAUUAGGUGGUGGAACAAAAUCGGAUUUACUUAAAACUGAAAAUCAGACUGAUAAAAGUGAUGAUAAGCAAAAUCCUAGUACAGCGCGUGAUAUUAUACUAGAGGACGUCAGUGAAACAGUGAUUGCGGAAUCUAGUGCUUCUGGAGAAGGUAUAUCUGUGAUAGCUAACGAUAGUAAACUGUUAAAUGGGCAUGCUACUAAAAUAAACAAUGAGAGUAAAGACACGUUAAAAAUUCCGCAUAAGACUCAAGUGCGGUCAAAGUUUUUCGGUGGGUCACUAAAAAGUCCGAAUUUCUUGAGGGGCAGCACCAGAUUAAAAAAAGACGAAAGUAAAGAUUUAGAAAUGUUGACCCCGAAUUCAAAAGCACAAAAGAAACCCUCAUUUAAAGUUUAACAUAUACAUGUAUAUAUUUACUGUACACUAAGAAUAUGCCAAAAUAAAAAUAAACAAGAAGCCAUAUUUCAACAAAAACUUAUUGAAACCAGUCAUUGAUUUAACGCUAGAUUCAUCUCUUCUACAUAACACAUGACAUUACACUGUGAACCGAAUGGUAACCUGUUCAAUUCAAACUGCCUCAAGUGUGACGACAUCAAAUUUCAUGAAUAUUUCAACAGCUCAUCAAUUUGCACAUUCUUAUUUAUGUGACAUUAGCCACGACUCUUAUUUGUUAUAAUGGAACAAAAAUGAUCCGUAAAAUCGAUAUUGACAAGUAUAAAAAUAGCUCUUCUGUUCACAAAACGAAUCAAUAAAAUGCGUUUUUAAUGCCCCUAAAGUGAUUUACUUAAGUUACAUGUAAUCAAUAUUUUAAUCAAUUACAAAGAGAGCAUUUAUUCUCUUUUGAUUUAAAGCUGCAUGCAUCUAGAUAAGCCAAAUGAGUUCAAGAAAAUCAACCUUAGGAAAAAUGCAUUAAGGGUCUAAGAAAAAUAAAAAUAUUUCCAAGUCAAGAAACGAUGUAAUGAAUGACUAACAGCAUUUAUCACCAUAUUUGUAUUGCGUGACUAACGCAGUAAGGGCUAUUCUUGCAUAUUCUGACCUAUUUUUGGUAAUUUUUCGUAGAUUUCAAGUUCCGCUUGAAAAGUGUAAAUUCCAUUCUUUGUUCCCAUGACAAUAUUUCAAUAUUUGAGACAUUUUAAAAUUAUUCAUGAAAAUAAAUAUGAAUUUGGAGGCGUGCUGCUUUAAAAUAUAUAGAAAUUGAAACAGGAAAAGCUAUAUGAAAUUGCAUCAUACUAUCGUUAACCAAAAACCGAUCAACAACAACAUUUCUGACUUAAAGGAGUUCAAUUGUGUUUUCAGAACUCAUUUAGCAGACGAUAAUAUAUCUCAAAAUACGGAAACUUAUACUAUCCAGUUCAUGAAAUUCCUUUCCUUUCUCAUUUUUAACAUACACACCAACGCAGUAAGGGCAAUUGUUGCAUAUUUUGACUUCUUUUCGGUUAUUUACUUGGAUUGUAAGUACCGCUAUGUGCCAAUUGAUUUCUUUGCUUACUUCACAAAAAUAUUUCAUUUUUAAAUAAAUACAUUUUCAAAAUGUUCAUGGAAAUUAGCAUGAAUCUGGAGGCAUGCUGCUUUAAACAGUCUAGGUCUACUAGAAUAUAUAUUCAUACAACAUGUUUUAUCUUGUUCAUAUAACACAAAUUUUCCUCUUCAACAUCGGGUCACACGUCAUUUCAUUAC